UGCAUUAUGGGUAAUGUGGGAAGGACAACGUUAAAGAUGGCGACGUCCUCAUCAGCAGGACGCGUUUUGACUCUUUGCAAGCAGUUUCAAAAUGUCUUUAGGAUAUCCUCAGCGAUCAGUACCAACCCCUGUUCUUCUGCUUUGACCAAAUACCAGCCUCUGCUUUACAGGGGAAAGUCUCCACUCCCUGCCUUGUCUUGGUACCGUCCCACCAGCUCUGUGGGUCAAUGUCGAGCCCUGCACACAACCAUCAGCAGGAGAGGGCUGGAAGAGUUCUUUGACAUCCCGGAGAGCUGGGGGGAGGCCAACGUGAAGUCAGGUGCACCAUGGACUGCCAAACAACUGAGAACAAAGAGCAAUGAAGAUUUACACAAACUCUGGUAUGUGCUGUUAAAAGAAAAAAACUUGCUGUUAACCCUCGAGCAGGAAUCGAAGAGGCAAAGGGUUCAGAUGCCGAGUCCAGAAAGAAUAAGGAAGGUUGAGAGGUCAAUGAUCAGACUGGAGACGGUGGUGAAGGAGAGAGAGACUGCACUGCGACUGCUGCAGACGGGACAGGAGAAAGCCAGACCAGGAGCCUGGAGGAGGAACAAAUUUGGAAAUGUCUACUGGUAUCGAUUCAAAGAAUAUGCUAUUCCUUGGUACAUGAACAAAAGGUAUAAGCGAAAGUCCUUCUUCACGCCCAAGUUUGUCCAACCUCACAUCAGGCUGCGCUUGGAGAAGCAUCUACGAGAGAAGGCAAGGAAAGCCAGCUUAGAGAGGAAAACUCAGGCUAAACUCAGAGAGAAGAUUCCUGGAGCAAAAGUUUCUGCAACAUAAACUUUCAAGUUCAUAUUUUACAGUUAAGGCAUAUUUGACAGCUCUGAGCCUGACAUCUUUCCAAAAACAAGGCCUUCUCUGCAUUUAUUUAAGUUAAUAUAAAUACUUUGAAGUCUGAAUUUGAUAAUGUCAAAUAAUUGAUAGUGGUCUAAAACUGUUGUCCUAUGUUGAGUACGAGUGUUUCAUUGGUUUUGCUGUUAUUUGAUCCUAUAAAAUAAACUAUGCUACAUCA